AUGGCUCCUCGGCGCGGAGCACAACACCAGAACUCCUUGAGUCCUGCAGAGGCGAUUACCACUUCGCCGUCCUCCCCGGCAAGUUACCUGAGCGGCGGCACCGCGCGGUCCGCAUCCCCCUCGAACGGGUUUACGCAACUUUUCACCAAACCCACGAAAUGGUUCAAUCGCUCGAACUCAGGAGGCGUCGGACGCACAUCAGUGAGCUCUUCAGAGCCGCGAUCGAGCACUAGUUCGACGCGUAAACACAAGAUCUCGCAUCCGACCGACCCGAGGCCUAUCGUGGACAGCUUGUUACCACCUGAUAGAGGAGGAUUGGCUGGCGCAAGCAGGUGUGUGCAUAUACUUUUUGUUCUCACUAUCUGUCUGGAGAAAUUUCCCAUUAUCCAUGCGUGCUGGUGUCGUUCCCUCCAAAACUUCCCUGCGCGUCCAGGAUAUCAUAUCUGCAACAUAACACGGGCCAUGAUGGGAUCUGCACCACUGGUUACAGAGCCGUUCUGUGCCACAAGAAGCCCUAUGGCAACUUGGCCGUGA